GCAACACAAGACUUUAGUGCCGUGCGCGCCUUGUUGCUGCCAAAAGGCACUGCAUAUUGCAUACAGCAGAGCCUCGCUGUCCCACGCGUGCAGCCCGGCAGCUCAGCGAGAUGAAUAUGAGAGCCUGUGCUUGGUGCUUGCUCACCUGCCUGGCUGCCGCGGACACGGGGCGCCGGCUGGGCUUCGUGAUGGACGACAGCAACAUUCGCACGGCAGUCGAUGCGUGGCUUUCGUGCCCAACGUGCGCAGAAUAUUCGUACGGCCACAUUUCUACGUGGGACACGUCGGGGGUGACGGACAUGUCGUAUUUGUUUUGCGCCUGGUCAGGGUGUUCGAUCUACAACGCGGCCGCGGCAUCUUUCAACGAGGACAUCGGCGCGUGGGACACCUCUGGCGUCACGACGAUGCGCCAUAUGUUCCUCGACGCCUCGGCCUUCGACCAGGACAUCGGUGGUUGGGCGGUUCACAGCGUCAAGGACAUGCGGAACGUGUUCUACGGGGCCUCGUCGUUCGACCAGGACCUCGGCUGGUGCCUGGACGAGGACGUGGAACUUAGCAACGAUUACCUGAUAAACACGUUCCUCGGCACCCCCUGCGAGUCGACGUCGUGCGGCGUCGGCGUCAUUGGCUAUUCGAGAUGCCCGGACCUCGACGGCGACGGCGUGGUAGACGCGGCACCCGAGGGCGAGUGCUGCAUCUCCGCCUAUGGCCAACCAUUCACCGACGCUUGCGGCACGACCCUGACGGAGGUCGAAACGUCCGGGUGCUGCCCCGACGAUUUCCUCCUGCGGUACUCGCACGAUAUCUACGAAAUGGGAAUGGCGGACUUCACGCGUUGGGACUGUGUCUCCUUCGUCGACAAGGAGGCUUGCGAUCUCAAGGGCCCUCCCUACACCUGGGGCUCGGGCUCGUGCUGGGGGAGUAGAUACGAGCAGGCGGCGGCCACUUGCAAGACGUGUACCGAAGAUAAUGGCUUCGAUGUGCGAGCCUGCCGCGGUCUGUUCUUGCAGGAGGCAAAAGGGAAGUGGAACGAUUGGUACUACAACCCCGGGAUGAAUCCAUACUGUCAUGAACAUUCGUGCUGCGCACAGGACCCGAACGACUGCUGCGAGUCGAACCCGGCCGCCGUCGCCGGCGCCGUUAUCGUCGGUCUUGCGGUCCUGGCCGGCCUCAUUAAAUUAUACUACAAGCGCUGCCGCAAGGCCGCAAUCGCCGAGCCGUCGACACCGCCGCCGAAGGCACAACCGGAAGCCGCGUCCCCCAAGGAAGAAGGGGCCACCGCCGUCGCCCCGGAAGCCGAGGAGAGCCCUCAGGAGACCCUCACUGGGGAGGCGCCGCCGCCGGCGCCACCCGCGAAAAGCUGGUUCUGGCGCGGAGAGCCCGUACCUGAACCCGUGUGGGAGGCCGAGGAGACCCUCGCCGAGCAGCCGCCCGCGCCGCCCGCGCCCGAAGGUGAAGCUGAGUCGGCGCCCUUCGCACCGGAAACCGAGGAGCGACCGCCGCCGCCCGCGAAAGGCUGGUUCUCGCGCGCCGCGCCCGAACCCGAACCGGAAUUCGAACCCGAGCCCGAAGCCUAGCCGCAUAUCAUUCGCAUCCGCCCCCUCCCCGCGCGCGAGCCCC